UCUUUAUAAGCUUGUCGAACUAUACAGUACUUUGGGUUACGAUUUGCCAGAUCUACCAUCAUCGAUAGAAGGAAUCCAUAUUGUUUAUCCGUGCCUAAAUUGUGUCGAACCUUUGGACGUUGCGGAUGUAGCACAUUUUGAGAACGUAACAUACGAUUCUUUUCAUGCAGGGCCGCACUGAUAGUAGCGGAAGAACAAACGUGCAGAAUCUCGAUAGGUCUUAUUAUGCUGAGACUGGGGCAAGACAAGGGCACCGACAUCGCAAAUACACCAUGGUUCUGCCUGCUAGCAAUAUGAGGCCGCCACUUCAAAUACGAAAUGAAAUAAAGGUUCCAGAUUCUGCACAGUCAGUUCGGUUCGCUGUAGAAGGAAACAUUGACGGCUUGAAGUUACUUUUUAGCCAAGGACUCGCUGCUCCGACAGCCGUGAGCAAUACUCGGGAAUUUAGUUUAGUAAGAUGGGCACUCUACGGCGGAAUGCACAAUUUUGAGACCGUGAAGUUCCUCCUUAAUCAUGGGGCGUUCGUCGAUGAUGAGUAGGUACCAAAGUUCGCUGUCUUAAUAAGACUACUAUUAGUAACCGAUUUUCAGGUCAUAUCAUCAUGUAUGGGAUUAUGCAUAUCGCCAUAAAUGUACCAUUAGGGAGCUAAACGAGCUUCGUUGCAUUACAAUGAACCCUCCGGACAA